ACAACAAACACAUCCCGUUCAAAACGAAAAAACACAUGGAUCUCACACGGUUGAUUUGUACAAAUUUUGCCAAAACCGCUUGACUUGGGCAGCGUCAAGCUUUGGCCUCCUUUCAGGCAGCGCGGGCCUCCUCUCCUGCCAGCUCCCGCAGCGCCGCCGCCCCCGCGCCACGCCUACAGCCCCCGAGGGCGUCCCCUGUCACCGGGGCGGGAGGGAGAGAGAUGCCGCGCGACCGCGACGAGCCGCCCGCCGUGCGCGUCUACACCGUCUGCGACGAGUCCAAGUACCUGAUCGUGCGCAACGUGCCGUCACUCGGAUGCGGCGACGACCUCGCCAAUCUCUUCGGGACGUACGGCCCAGUGGAGGAGUGCAAGCCCAUGGAUGCCGAGAAUUGUGAACCCUACACCGACGUCUUCUUCAUCAAGUUCUCACAGGUCAGCAACGCCAGGUUUGCAAAGAGGAAGCUCGAUGAGUCCGUGUUUCUUGGCAACCGGCUGCAGGUGACCUAUGCGCCUCAUUUUGAGAGUCUUCUCGAUACCAAGGAGAAACUGGAAGUUAGGAGAAAAGAAGUGCUUGGCCGAGUAAAAUCAUCUGCUGCCAGACCUCAAGGGACUUCUCAGUAUUCUCUACCUCAGGGAUCAUCUAAUGGAAAUCAGCAUCAGAUGAAUUCCAACAAGAGGGAGUAUGUAAAGACAAUUCAUGCUUCUCAUAGCGGUGAUCCUCGUUUCAGUCACGUGCCCUCUAACAAGGAUUAUUUUCCAUCUGAGUCGAUGAACGCAACUGUAAAGCUUGUCAGAGAGAAGCUUGAUAAGAUACAAUCUGGUGGUGAUAAUUCCAAUGCUGCAGCUGCAUCCAAGAAACCAAGAGUAGAUAACCGCAGGCGAAUUUGAUAUUACUUGAAACCGCAGAAAGUUUUGUUUCUUUUUUACUUUUGUCCAUUUUCUAUUUCAUUUACUAGUGGGUUGUUAGCUAUCUAUGUUACAAGGGAGUGUUGUACUAGUAUAGGGUUAGUGUAACGGUGACUCAUUUUUAAUGUUAGCAAGCAUUUGUAUGAUGACCGAUCUUAUGAAAUAUCUAGUUUUUUUCCUCGAUCAAUUA